CCUUAUAUCUGUGCUCAAUGUGGGAAUAGUUUUACUACAUCAAGCAAUCUGACUUCACACCAGAGAACACACACAGGAGAGAAAUCUCAUAGUUGUGAUCAAUGUGGGAAGAGUUUUGGUGGAUCUGGCCAGCUGACAUCACACCAGAGAAUACACACAGGAGAGAAACCUUAUAGCUGUGGUCAAUGUGGGAAGAGAUGUACUACAUCUUACUCUCUGACUGUACACCAGAGAAAACACACAGGAGAGAAAUCUUAUAGCUGUGGUCAAUGUGGGAAGAGUUUUGGUAGAUCUGGCCAGCUGACAUCACACCAGAGAAUACACACAGGAGAGAAACCUUAUAGCUGUGCUCAAUGUGGGAAGAGAUGUACUACAUUAAGCAAUCUGACUUCACACCAGAGAACACACAGAGGAGAGAAACCUCAUAGUUGUGAUCAAUGUGGGAAGAGUUUUAUGACAACAAGCAAUCUGACUUCACACCAGAGAACACACACAGGAGAGAAAUCUCAUAGUUGUGAUCAAUGUGGGAAGAGUUUUACGACAUCAAGCAAUCUGACUUCACACCAGAGAACACACACAGGAGAGAAACCUUAUAGCUGUGAUCAAUGUGGGAUGAGUUUUACUAUAUCUAGCUCUCUGACUUCACACCAGAGAACACACACAGGAGAGAAACCUUAUAGCUGUGAUCAAUGUGGGAAGAGUUAUACUACAUCAAGCCAUCUGACUUCACACCAGAGAACACACACAGGAGAGAAACCUCAUAGCUGUGAUCAAUGUGACAAGAGAUACUCUGAUAAAAGAUCUCUGAUCAAACAUCAGAAAAUGCAUACAUGAAGAAGUUGUUUCAUGAUAUCAAUGAAAUAAUGUCACAAUUUAGAAUGUUUUAACAUUGUAGAAGCAGUAUUUUAAUGAUGUCACAAUGUAGAAUGUUUUAACAUUGUAGAAGGAGUAUUUUAAUGAUGUCACAAUGUAGAAUGUUUUAGCAUUGUAGUAUGAGUAUUUUAAUGAUGUCACAAUGUAGAAUGUUUUAACAUUGUAGUAGGAGUAUUUUAAUGAUGUUCUACCUUAUCGUUUGCCCUGUUCAAUUGAUUGCAGCAUGAUAUGGAUAUUAGCCUCAGGGGGAAAUCCAGGCUCUGAAUUGAAAGAGUAUUAUUUAACCAAAAUUGACUAACAAAAAAAGAGCUGUGUUACACUUACCGUGUUGGUGACCCACUUUAAUCAAAAUUCAGCACUUCAAAAUGUAGCUAGCUGUUAUCUACGAGUUGAAAAAGCUGCUUGUUUAAAAAAAUAUUGGUAAUAUGAUAAUUGUUGCAGAUGUUUGUGUAUAUACACACAUGAAAGCAGUAUAAUAAAUUGUACUAAUCAAUUUGAUUAACAAUCUGACAUCAAUCCAGUAUUUCUUGACCACAUUCAAAUGCUAGUUGUCUUUAUUCCACUACUGAAGAAGCAUCACUCAAAUGACCUCAUAUUUCAAACAUCCAGCCUGACAAAAGAUACAUGUUUUAUUAUUCCAUGCCUCACCCUUAAGGGAAGUAUUGCCAAUACAUAUCAACAAAAGGGUGUACAUUUGGUUUUGAUAUUUACAAUUAUGUAAUAUUUAGUAAUCAUAAUUAUUUAUGCAACCAGCUGACCAUUUUUGGGUACAAUUAUAUUGACGUUGUUACCCUUCUUCUGGAAUAUCAGGAUUCAUUCUCAGAUGUGCUAACCCAAAUGCUUGACUUUGGGGGACUGGGCCCCGAUCCAACAACAUGCCUAUCUAGUGAACCCUGAAAAGAGAGAGAAGCUCUGCAGUGAGGUGGAAAUUUACUACCGAUAUUGCAGGUGUUGGUCCCCCGGGUGGCGCAGUGGUCUAAGGCACUGCAUCGCAGUGCUAGCUGCGCCACCAGAGUCUCUGGGUUCACGCCCAGGCUGGGCUGGGUUCGCGCCCAGGCUCUGUCGCAGCCGGCCGCAACCGGGAGGUCCGUGGGGCGACGCACAAUUGGCAUAGCGUCGUCCGGGUUAGGGAGGGUUUGGCCGGUAGGGAUAUCCUUG